UCUGAGUCCAACUUAGAAACCACUAAUCAUGGCAGAAUUGGCUCCAGCUCCAGCAGCCGCCAAGAAGAAGGCCGCUCCCAAGCCGAAGAAGGUCGGCCCCAGCGUCAGGGAACUCAUCGUUCAAGCCGUGGCCGCGUCCAAGGAGAGGAGCGGCGUGUCAGCGGCCGCUGUGAAGAAGGCUCUGGCUGCUGGAGGCUACGAUGUGGACAAGAACAAGGCCCGCGUCAAGACCGCCAUCAAGAGCCUGGUGAUCAGCGGAACUCUGGUCCAGACCAAGGGAACCGGGGCCUCCGGCUCUUUCAAGAUGAACAAGAAGGUGGAAGCCAAGAAGCCAGCAAAGAAGGCCGCUCCUAAAGCCAAGAAGCCCGCCGCCAAGAAACCCGCAGCGGCCAAGAAGCCCAAGGCAGCGGCAGCUAAGAAGCCAGCAGCUGCUAAAAAGUCUCCUAAGAAGGUGAAGAAACCUGCAGCGGCCAAGAAAGCAGCCAAGAAAGCAGCCAAGAGCCCCAAGAAGGUGGUGGCCAAGAGCCCCAAGAAGGUGGUGGCCAAGAGCCCCAAGAAGGUGGUGGCCAAGAGCCCCAAGAAGCUGGUGGCCAAGAGCCCCAAGAAGGUGGUGAAGAAGGCUCCAGCAGCCAAGAAAUCUCCCGCCAAGAAGGUUGCCAAACCUAAAGUGAAGAAGACAGCAGCCAAGAAGAAGUGAGCUGUCCUCACUGAGACAUGUCCAUCCUGUUCAAAGGCUCUUUUAAGAGCCACACACUUGUGUCC